GGUUGAUUCGCCUGUCUAUCAUUGACUCAUAAACCUGUUGAAGAGUGGGAAAGCGCAAGGGGUGGCAUGUUUUUCCUUCCUUCCUAACUUUAUUACCAAGAAUGCUCGGAGAAAUUAUAGUGAAAGUUAAAAGAAAGCCUUAGGAAGUCUGAAAGGCUGGUGGUGGCUGGCCCGCUCCAGGAUUCUGAGGUGCGGGAGUUUCCUCCGCCUCCUCUGGACUUCGAGGGGGCCCCGGCGUACUCCGUUUGCUCCAUACUGGAUUCGAGGCGUCGGGCGAGGGGCCUUCAGUACCUCGUGGAGUGGGAGGGGUACGGUCCGGAGGAGAGGUGCUGGGUUCCGGUGGAGGAUGUGUUGGACUCUUCAAUGCUGCGGGAUUUCCACCGUCUCCGGCCGGAUCGCCCUGCGCCUCACCCUCCGGGGCGUCCCGAGGCAGGUGUCGGCGCGCUGCUGGAGCCACGGGUCAGCGAGGGGGUACUGUCACGACUCCCGCCGAAGUCGGCUCCUCUCCUUGUUCGGGCGGCGCUUGGCGGUCGACGUCACCGGUCUUCUAGCCAUCGCCUCGCCACCUUUCAUUUUCCAUUUGUUUUGUCUUGUUUUUCCACACACCUGUUUUACAUCCCCUCAUCACUCUACGUGUAUAUUAUCCUCUGUUCCCCCCAUGUCUGUGUGUGUAAUUGUUCGUUACGCGUCAUGUGUGACGCUUCAUGCAGGUCUUUCCCGGGUCUUGUUUGGAACCCGUGGUAUUGUAUGCUGUACAUUAUUUGUGUGACGAGUGCGCUAUUCGCUUUUGCCUUUGGCGGGAGUGUCGUUACGCAGUUGCGUCCGACUGUUUUCCUUCUGCCAAAUAAUGUGUGCCUGUUCACUCAUCUCUGCUCUCCUGCACCUGACUUGAGUUUACCAGUUGCGCACACUGUUGACAAGGCCAAGAACCUGCACAAGUGCCUAGGACAAUGUGGUUGUGAGUAGAUUCUCUGGGGGCUUCUGCUGAAAGGUGUCAGUCCACAACCAUGACUCAGUCUGUGCAGGUCAACCCAAAGCUGCCUGAUCUGGGCGCACCGUUUCUAUACUCCAGUCGGGAAGAGGCGGAUCAACAGGGCUCUUAUUCGGUCCAGACACCGUAUGGCUUCCAGCUGGACCUGGACUUCCUCAAGUAUGUAGAGGAAAUAGAAAGCGGCCACCACGUCCGACGGGCACCCGUCAACUCCCGCAGGUCAUCCCGGGGGGUCAAAGUCUCCCAGCGGAGCCCGAGUGUGGGGGGACGCGCCAGCGGCUGGACCUCCACAGAGUCCCUCUCCUCGCCCGCCAGCGAAGAUGGUCGAGUGCCCCCUCCCCCGCCCCCACGGAAUCGCAUUGGCUCUGCUCCCAGUGAGGGGCAACCCCUGUCCUCGCUAUCUGUACUCAGCCCUCCUCUCUCUGCCGGCGCCAAAGUGCCACCACCACCUCCACUACGUAACCCCAGAGUAGAGAGGACCCUCCUGGAGACCAGCCUGAGACUGCAGCAGGAGCAGAGCCAUCAGCACCAAAAUGGCACCCGUUUCCAGCUCUCAGACCCACCAAAGCAAAACCCCAGGACUGCCCCUACCCAUGUCACCCCAGCUAGUGCAGCAGCCAGUGUGGAUGGCCAGCCCUUGCACCUGUCCUCUGCCUCUCCCAGCCCAUCUCAGAGUAGCCUGCACAGACCCAGUCCCCACACCUCCGGUAAGAGCACCCCGGCCUCUAGCACUGGAAUGGCUACUCUGCCCCCCAGCCAAUUGCAGACGGUGAGAGAACAGAUGGCCACUGCCCUGAAGCAACUGAAGGAGAUGGAGGAGCGAGUAAAGGGUGUCCCAGUGCUGGAAAGAGAGGUGGCCAAGCUACGGGCUGAGAAAGACAUGCUCCUACUGGCACUGCAGGAGAAGAAGACCUUGGUGGCCCAACAACAGGCUACAACAGUAGUCAGCAGUACUAAUACCACCACGUUGGACGCAGGCACACGGAGUCAGGAAUGUCCAAUUUUAUCCCCUAAGAGUCCCAGAUGUCCAAAGAGUCCGAGUAAAUUAGGGGACCUCAGAAAGCUGACAGAGAAGUUUGAAGGCAAGACAGAGAAAGAUGGAGCACUUUCUGAGAAAGUUCCGGAAAAGGUUGUGGAGAAGAAGUCUGUGGCCAUCGGGGACAACAUGUUGCUGGAUGCUGGGGUCUUCUACUACAGCCUGGGCACCAAGGACGCCUCAGAGGGCACGCCGCAGAUGGACGUCUGCGAGAAAGGAGUGGCCACGGAGGCGGCGGACAUCCGCGAGGAGGGGGUGCAGGCUGUAGUGGAGACAGAGGAGGCCUCAGUUUGGGUGAUGGAAUCCCAGCUGGGGCUAAGCAGCGAUGCCCAGAGGGAGAUCGACACCCUACAGGACAAUAUCAAGUUCCAGCAGGACUCCAUCUCGGUUCUGGAGGGGCGACUUGGCCAGGCUGACGAGGAGCUGGCGGUGCUCAAAGCCCAGGAGAAUGAAAGGAAGUCCAAGGCAACGUCUGAGAAGGGGGUCCUUGCCAAACCAGACUCUGCCCAUGCCCAAGUGGGGACUGAACCCUCUACAAUGUCCACACCAGCUUCACAGAAUGUUGCAGUCUCCUGUUGUCCUGAGGUGGUUGACGCAUGUGUAGGUGAGGAUUUAAGAGCCGGAUAUUACGAUCAGAGCACUCAAACUGACUCUGUGGAGAGCCCUGCAGAAGUGGAAUCAACCCCAGUAGUACUGGUCAGCACUGGAAGUCAAUGGGAGAAUCUGUACAAGGAGGAGGACAUAGAGCAGAAAGCUCCAGUCACUGCGCUGAAGAGGAGACAGACGACCAUCGCGGAGUACAAGGUCAACCCUGGCGAGGAGACGGUCUGUUUACCCGAAGGAAAGGGAGUGAAAGAGGAGGAAAUGGCGCCCAGCACUCCAACAACUGCAACAACGGUUGGAAGUAUGUUGAAAUCAAUCAUGAAGAAGAAGGAUGGGAGUAGUUCCAGUGAAUCACGCAGCAGCGGCAAGAAAAGCUUGCAGUUUGUUGGCAUUCUCAACGGGGGGUAUGAGUCGACAUCUAGUGAAGAGGAGGAGGAUGAGGAUGAUGAGGAUGAGGGGAGUUCCUCAGGUGGCAGUGAAGUAGGCGAUUGCUCAGACGGUAGUGAUGAUGAAGAUGCAGCGGCUGCUCUGGAGGAGACCUCCGAUGAGGAGAGGAACAUGAAUAUGGAUGACACCGAUAGUGAUGAUGUGGCCUUAGCAGCAGGGACUGGAGCCACUGAGGAGAGUCCAGAUACAGUGAAAGAGAAGUUUGAGCUCAGUGCAAAAAUGCGUGAAGCUUGUCUCAUUUUGAAGAACCAUCUGAAUGAUGAUGUCAAAACACUGAAGAGUAAAGAAGUGAUCUCCAGCACUCACACUGUGCAGCUGGAAUGGUUCCGCAUCUCCAGUGCCAAGCUGGCCCAGCCGCCCCGUGUCUCAGACUACCUGAUGGCCUUCACAGAGGUCUCCUCUGCUUUGCUGGCCCACGUCGUCAACAUGACCGAUGGCAAUGGUAACACGGCCUUGCACUACAGCGUCUCACACUCCAACUUCACUGUGGUGGGGCUACUGCUGGACACAGGCAUGUGUUGUGUAGAUAAGCAGAACAAGGCAGGCUACACUGCGAUCAUGCUGGCGGCCCUCUCAGCUGUGAAAGAGGAGGAUGACAUGGUGGUGGUCAGGAAGCUCUUCAGUCAGGGCAACGUCAACGCCAAGGCCAGCCAGGCUGGCCAGACGGGGCUGAUGCUAGCUGUUAGCCAUGGACGGCAGGAGAUGGUGCGGGCGUUGCUGGACUGCGGGGCUGAUGUGAACGUGCAGGAUGACGAGGGCUCCACGGCGCUCAUGUGCGCCAGCGAGCACGGCCGCGCCGAGAUUGUCUCGCUGCUCCUGGACCAGCCAGGCUGUGACAUCUCCAUUGUGGACAAUGACGGCAGUAAUGCUCUGUCCAUCGCCCUGGAGGCCUCUCACAAUGACACAGCUGUGCUGCUUUACGCCCACAUGAACUACGCCAAGGCCCAGACAGCUGGGACGACCAAGACUCGAAGCCCCACUAGUCCUCAAAAGACAUGGCCUGCUGCGGAGUAAUGGGCCACCAAUAUGGAAAAAUAAACAUAACUGGACUUGAGCAUUGAAAAUGCGCCACUGGAAUACUGCCGCUGUCUACAUAAAUAUAUGUAUUUAUAUAAUGGCAUAUGUCAUUCAUUUAUUUGUAUUGUUAAUAUAAUAUUAUUUUUUCAAUAAAUGCCUUAAACCAUUAUUAUAUAAGCCAAUAAUCUGCAUUUGCAACAUUUCUGACUAGGUCAAGUCUGCAGCAUAUUUUUCUAUGAUACAGUAAAGCAGACCUCACAUAUAUUUGCACUCAUUGACUGUGUUUAGUUUUUAGUUCCCCUCCCCCUUUUAAAGGCGCACUGCAGCUAUUUAAAAAAAGUGCAAGUGCAAACUUCAUGGAGUAGGCCAUUCGACGGGUUGGUCUGAUGGUGCCCUCUGAUGUCAUCGGCUUCCCCCUUGCUUGUAGUAACAAUAGAGAACACCUGGACCACCUAUUUAUAUGUUCCUUUUGUUAAGUAAAUCAGGUGAUAAAUUAACUGAAAAUGAGACUGGAGUAGUAGUCUUCUCAAUCUUCAUGCCAAAAUAGUUCCAAGUUUGCACUAACUGUCUAUGCCUUGUAUAUUCAUGUAUCUAUUGUCAUGUAAAAAAUAAACAUAUAUUUACAUAA